AUGGCAUCACGUAAAGAGACUACUCCAGUUUCCACCGCCGCAAUAGCUUCUACGAGCGGAACUUUGGACUCUCCAGUCAAACAGAUCCAGAUUGAGGGACUGCCUUUCUGUGGUUUCCUCUGUGAGGCGUCUCGGGAUUUACUUGACACACUCGUGUCGCUCCCUUUGUUUGACUUCACAGCGCGUGCUGUCGGUGGAUUGUCUAUUUCCGACCUCCUCCUCGUCCAGAAGGACGAUGUACGAAGGGCUACAGCUCAAGGGGGGGGGGUCGAUGAGGCCAAUCCCAAGGCCGUCCACCAUGUUGCUGUUCUCCCCUCCUACACCCCCUCCCUGGUGUCAGGGCUCCACCUGGCUGCUUCCCUGCUCUCAGAGCCCACCUCCAGCUCUCUCUUAUCAGUGGUGCUGAAGAUCAUCAAGCACUACCAGGAAGAAGGCCAGGGCAGCGAGGUGGUCCAGGGCGUCCUGCUGGGCCUGGUGGUGGAGGACCGCCUGGAGAUCACCAACUGCUUCCCCUUCCCCCAGCACACCGAGGACGACGCGGACUUUGAUGAAGGUAACCCGGAGCGGAGCGCUCUCUCCAUCAGCGGCUCAGAUAUCCUGACACCAGGAAGCAGAAACCACACACACACACACACACACGAUAGCGAGGCGGCACAAAAUGAAGCGCGUACCUGUUCAUCAGACUGA